ACGAAACUAAAUCGUCGUUAUGAUCAUCGUUGUCUUUAACAGAUACUCGUGACGUAACCUGAAGAUUCCAUGGUUUUGCUCAUGGAUGACUUGCGUUAAAAGCUUAAUCUAUCCGUCGAUUAGUGCCUAUUAUCACCGAUAAAGAACUACCCCGUCGACUUUCAAGUGCUGGUCCAAACCGAUUGUCCCCGAGUAUCGUACCCUACCGUGGGGAGGGGGAAUCGCCACAUCUUGCGGGAGGCAAGCAGUAUCCGUGGCAGUAACAGCGGUUGUACAGAUCCUACGACGAAUUGUUGAUGUUAUUGUUUUUGUUACAGCUCUGACUGCUACCACUCUGUAUAAACGUUACUGUUACUAGCGAUGCCGUAACCAGCUGCUAGGUAGAAUUAUCGCUCGUAGUGAUAGUAUAUAGUGUAAUUGGAUCCGGCGCGGACGCAGCAACGGGGUUGCUUCGGGUGUGCUGCCGCUGCUCAGAGCAGCUACAACGCUGAGCUGAGUAGACGGUUUUAGGGCGAAGGCUCGUGCCCUCGCUCAUCAUGGCCAGCUCGGACUCACAGGAGUUGCCGCCAUCGCCGGAUAUCUCCCCCGAGUGGGUGAUCAUCCAUGAGAUGUUCGGCGAAAAAAAGGAAGCUGGCGGGGGCUCACAUGAGGCUCAUGAGCUCGAGUUUGACAGAGCUCUGGAGUUCACUCCAAAGAUCAUUGUCAUCGAACCGCACAGCCUCGCCGAUGCCACCGCCAGGUGGAUCAAAAUUGGUAACGGCCUCACACGGGUUGGCAUUGGCUGCGGAGUCGCCUCAGUAGCGACCUUUGCCCUAACCAAAAGCAACUCUGCCCAAUCACUAUACGUGAUGUUUCCUUUAGUCGGCGUGAAUCUAUUAUGUUGUACACUGUACAAUGUGUCGUGGAGUAGCGAUCCUUGUAUACACUAUCAGGUGGAUAAUAGCAAGGAGAUCCGUGAUCAGUUGCCUCUAGCCGAUAACAUGGAAGAUGCUGUGAUUCUUGUGCGUUGCGUCGAUACGAAUCGACGGGUUUUGCAUACAACUGUGACACUGGUGGCGCUGUCUCUGGUCGUUUAUAGGGUUAUCCAAUGGUUCAAGCAGCUGUAGACUACUACCGAACGCGAACAUGCAAAACAUCGUUGAAACCUCGUCGCUGCUUGUCAUCUCAUCUCAAGAAACUGCUUUUCGACUGCUGGUUAGUUGGGCCUACUUCUAUGAGCACGGAGUCACGCGGCAUUAACAAACUUAAAGCUAAAAGGGAUGCACAUCUACAGAAAAUGAGCUAUCAGACAACUUUAGCAGCCGUAUAAUCCUUUUGUAGCUCAUCAUGGCUUAGCGCGAUUUCACAGUGUCGGUACUAUCAAGACGGCUGGAACAGCUACGGGAUCAGCCAUGCAUAAAGAUGAUACGAACUACAUUUCUCAUUGUGAAUAGCUGGUAAAUGCCAUGAACCAACUGAGCGACGAAUUGACGGCAUGAAGAAAGUUUGGAAGAAAAAGGAGUUUUGAGCCCAGACGAGGAAUAGUGAAAGAGACAGACUUCGUUAAACAGAAGACUGAAAAAUGAACAAAUGAUAUGGGCCAUACUGUGGCGGAAACUACUUACAAGCAUUCACCUAAUGUUAGUUGUAAAAUCAAACGAGCUGUUUGGUAAUUUUUGUGUUGAAGAUGAUAAUUACUCGGAAAUACGGUACAUCUGCGCGGCCUAUAGGUAGAACGCACCAUAUAACAUAACAAAUGACAGUUCACUUGUAGUGCCGGCUAAUUAUCAAACUGAGACAAAUAGUAAUGAGUUUGCUUGAAGAGAUUAGCGGAUUAUGUGAUAACAACUCUGUACGACAUUUUUAUAGGACGACUGCCAGCCGUCAGGUUAACAGCGCGUGCAAAGCUGUCAAUAGAAAACUAUUUUGCGAUUCCGAUGGCUUAAUUUCUUUUUGCUACUAUAGUGUCACUUAGGGGUCUUAGGUGUAGCACAGAACGUUUCGUACUUCUUGUGAGGACAAAGUUGCGUAUGUGGCUAUCUGGUAGGGUUAAACACGCCCUAUUUCAAUAAUGGCUGUAUACAUGUCGGGGUCACCUUAUUAUUAAUAGGGUUAGGUUCGUGCAAGACUACCGUAAGGAACAAGCACACAAAGUUAUGACAUUUUUGCCUUUUAAUUAGCUGGCCUAAAUGAACAGUUUGAAAAUAGGCACGGAGGAUAUGUGCAGAUACGUUCAACUCGAUUAUGAACAACAAAAUUUCUAGGGAAUCUUUAUUUUCCCUGAGUGAAAAACAAUCGAAACUCUGCGACGAAUCUAUAAUUACAUAGCUACUACUAUUGCGUACAAAUAGUUGAUAAUGGUGGCAAAAACUGUCUUGACUAGAUGUUUGAAUUUCAGAAGUAACACUUACAUGCGCAGACCGAACAGCCGUGUGUACCAAUCAAAAGCACGAAGGAACGUAUCAAUCUAGAAUGUAUUAUAUGAGUGAAAUCUAGUUUCCUUUUGCCAACGUGCGUAAUCGCGUGUUAGGGCCUGGAAAAAUCUAGCGACUUAGCGUACGAUGAGGCAAGAAUUGCCGAAUUAUUGAUCAACGCUACAUACCGUAGGUCCACUAAGCUAGAGUGAACGUAACGUAUUUUUCAAACGUUGCCAGCGGCCGGAUUUGGUGCCGUGACGGUACGUAGACAACUGGGCGUUUGUGCCCGGAGACGGGUAUCAAUGUCGAGGUUAUUUAGUUAGACCGAAAUGUCAUAGAUAAUAUUGAUGAAAUGUACUAAAGCGAAGAAGAAAUAGGUGAAUCACGGAAAACUUCCGACGCAGAUAUAUUCGUAGGCCCUGCUCCAUACAUCUUUCCAUUACAGGCGGUGAAAGGGGGUGAAUGCGUUUGCAUUGCCUAAUUGAAUGUACGUGUGUGUGCGAAUUUGUACAAACAGCCGCCCGUUGUUGUAGAAGUUUUUUUUGAUAUUUUGAUAGGUUAUGUGACAUUUAUAGUGUAUUUUCGUAUCAGGUACAUAUAUCGUUUAGGUGAUGCUUAUACAUCGUAUUGACUGGGAGAAACGCGAAAAUGCAGUUUACAAAAAAAAAAACUGGAUAAAAGUUACGUCGAUAGAUUACGUAAAAUACAAUUUUGUCCUAUUUGACUCAACAUCCUUCGCGCAGGUUUAGGUCCAAACAGGGAGAAAACUGUGCCAUAUCUACACAUCGCACGCUAUUACUGAUGUUUCUUGCCGUAAUUUUGACGGUGGUUGGCAAAAUUAUGAGUUGUUUGGAAACCGUAUUUAAUCUGACAAGUGGACCAAACCGAUCAGGAAUGACAGCUUCAAGGAACGGCAACUCCAUAAACGCGUCCCAGGCAAUAGCAGUAAUCGUCAUAGUAGCCGAAGUAGUCGCAGUUGUUAUCAUAUUGUUGUUUUUCAAGAACUAACAAGACAAGUGAAACUAAGAAAAAAGAAAAGUAUUUUUGUAUAAAAUGACAUGAAAACAAGACGAAGGAAAGUUGGGACUGGCAGAUUUGUUUUUUCUGCUAGUAUUUGCUCGAACCUCCAAUGUAUGUGUUGUGCUUGAGUAUCCGUCUCAAAGCUCGUCUAAAUUGAUAUGUGCAUGUGUGUGCGUGUCUUCGCUUAUCUCUACGAAUGGAAGCAAUCGAACGUAAACUGGGAAGCCUACAAUUUUGAUAGUUGUUUUUGACUAAUAAUACCGAUGGCGUGCUUCGACUCUUGGCUUAUAUUUAGUUAUCAUGUAUCCAAUAACGAAUCGUAACAUUGUUAUAAAACUAAUUACUCGUAAAGGGGAAUAUUGAAUUGAAAUAGGUCUGAAUUCUAUGAAAGUGGAAACGCAGUUACAUGAUGCCGUUGAGCUAUGAAUAAGGCAUACAUUGAAUUGGGUGAAUGGACGUUGUGCAUAGUAAUAUAGUUGGGAGUUUAUUUAGUUUUGGUCGCAACGGUAGUGGACAUUAACAACCUAGUUUGUGAUCUGAAGUAGCGUACGUGUCUCAGAACCAGAUGGGUCUUUCAAUCGGUGCUGGUAUUGAUUCGAUGAAAUCACACAUUUUAUAACAGAGUUACAGUAUAUGUUGAGAUCGACUCGUUUAAUAAUAAUAAAUAGUGUUGUUUCUGUGACAAGGCGGAAAAGAGAGACCUAGAAAAGAUUCAUCCGCGAGGUGUAAUGCCGCAUCGCCGGUGUCAAAGCUUUGUUAACCUAUCUUAGCUUAAUAUAGAUAAUGCGAGGAUCGGAAACGGACUUUGUGCGUAGGUAAUACAUUUUAUAACGUUAUGAAGUAUUAUCCUUUGAAAAACUCGGCUUGUUGCCAGCUACCGUAGGCCAAAGGAUGCGACCGCUUUUGUAAACUAGCUUUGAACGAAUGCAUUUGGGUGCAUGCAAGAGGUUCCAGUGUGUUUAGUGGCGCGUACCUGCCUAUUCGAAUGACGCCGUGUACAUAUAAGCAAUAAAUUGUAAAUCAACUACUGUUGGUAUAAUCAUAGAGCCCUGCGUAAUAAAAGUCAUGAUAAACUUACAAUUUAUAAUAAAACAUGAUAAAAUUACCAAAAGCUAAUUAUUAAAGUACUUGAAACAAAAAUAAAAAUGUGUUUUAUGAAUCCACAAAAACACAAGAGCCUCAAAAGUUGCUGCUAGCUGAUACUAUUAAUGUUUUGAAUCGUUGCUGUUGACAUUGAACGAAAAUACCGUAAAUAAUGCGGAGUGGGGUCAUAUAUAGCAUGAGGAUGAAAUGCGAUGCAAUGAAAAAAAGCACUGAGCAAUUGAUUGCCCGAUUACGGAAGUGUUCUAUUUAUAGAUUCAUUCGUAUAUAGUUGUAUUGUAAAUAUUCUCAAAGAAGCAAUACGAACUAGCAAGCAGGUAGACUGGGCGAAUAAACGACUCGUUGACUUAUUAAAAGGUCGGACGAAUCAAAGGGAGUUAAGCAAAUGAAGAUAAUAAACAACUGUAAUAUGUUGAGGUUUGAACGGAAUUGAAAUCGAUCUGUAUUAAGUUCUUCUUUUAAUUAUAUUUUUGCUAUUUUUUCCGUUUUAUCGAUGGAUAUAAAUAUUAAUAGUAUAUUGUGAAAUUUAAUUCCAGUUGUUUUUAGUUUAUUAUUAUUUUCGUUAACUAUUACUACAUAUUACGUUAUCAAUUUAGGCUCACCUCACAGCAAUGUCACGAGAUUAGGUUAAUCUCUAACUAAGUUAAUGCACUUGGAUAGUCAGCAAGUACGUGCGGCUAUAUGUAACCAUAUUUUAGAAAAAUCUUCAGUCUUCUAAGGAGUGGGAAUACUUGAAAAGUUUGACCAGGUAGCACUUCAACUCUGAUAGAAAAGAGAGUAUGACUGGGUCUAAUUUGGCGCGGUAAACAUUCUAACCACAUUGUGCACAAAUAGUGUCCAAUAUGAUCAACAUGCUCUUAUGUCUCGUUGUGUUUUAUGACUUAUAUAUUACUUUCGAGACCCAGUAUUGAAGGAAAAUGCAUUUCAAGCCUGUAUUUCUGUAUAUUGAAGUCAAACGAAUAAUUCAGACCUGCAGAGCACACCGCAAUGACUUAUGAUUUAUUCUGUCCGAUGACAUCUCAAAAAACAGAUUCUCAUAUAUUGGGGCUCCUAAAAUACAAACGAUGCGGAAAUCCAAGAUGCAGUUCAUUUGUUUGUAUGCAAUGACAGGUAGACCACCUGAUCUUAAAUGUAAUGCCAUUAGGAUAUGGAUUUGUUAUAAUCAAAUGUACUGAUUUCUCCUUUAACUGUUAUUUCUCAAAAGAAAAUAUGAUAUAGUCCCUAAAUUAAAAAUAAAGAUGAUCAACGUGUUAUGACGUAAAUACCCAUUUAUGUAUACAUCGUUUAUUGUGACCAUUUGUUUUCAUAGGCGACACUGAAUUAUUAGAACAAUAAAGAGAUCUUGAUAUAUAUAUAUAUAUAUAUAUAUAUAUAUAUAUAUAUAUAAUUAUUUCUUCUUUCUAUAUAUACAAAUGGUGUAUUAGGUGAACAGCAAGGGAGUGAAAAUAAGUCUUUUAACACCCUCUCUGUCCCCCAGCCAUGAUUUGCUCGGCCAUAUUGCAAGAGGUUGGCCCUCUCACUCUCAAUUUCGCGCUUCUCUCGCACUCUGCAGCGAUCGCAGCCUUCCCUUUAUUUUGCUGUUUACUUGCGCCUGGUGCCUUUCAUUGUGUAAAAUGUCUUUCUGCGUGGUUGUGUCCUAGAGAGGGCAUCUGUUCUCAUUACUCCUGUAUGUCUAGGCGACUUAUGUGUCUCAAAAAGCCCAGCCCGUCAGCUGUAACUAUUCACAUAAAACAUUUCUUCGAAGCUCAGCCAUCCAACGAGACCCUGUCACCCAACUAUAUUCCUUCGGUUCAAUAUACAUUUGCGGUUCUAUAGGACACCUUCGAACAUGACAGCAAACGUGGCCAGUGACCCAUUUGCUGCUUUUCCACAUUAAAACGCCACCUAUUUUCUUACCUUCGAUGCGUGACCAUGCACAUUUGCAGACCUACUUUAACGAUUUGCGCUCCCGUUAUAUUCAUCAUAGAAUUUG